UGUGAAUAUUGCAAAGCUUGAUUGAGAGUUUACUAAAUUGGAAAUUACAGGACAGCAAAUAUUUCAAGCCACCAGAUGCGCACGGGGGGACAAUUUACAGGUUCAGAUAGACCAGGGGGUUGGCACUCUAACCUGAUCCUCUCUCUUCUUGUUCCUCUGCAGUUGAGCCAAAGACCCCACCUUACGAUGACAUCACCUUCGGUCCAUCCACUGCUGAUGUCACUUCCGUCAACCUCUGAUGAUGUAAUUUCCAGUACCCAGAAUCCAUCUUACCGCCACAUCAGUUCCUGUUCUGGCCGCCCUAACUCCACCUCUUCCUUCUUUUCCACCAUAUUUAAGACCAGCAUACAGCCUGUUACUUCUGUUGUGAACACCGCUUCUGUUAACCGUGUUUCUUUUACUUUUCCUGACUUUUCAGUGUACGGGGUGGCCAUCCCCAAACCUUUUUCUGUCUGCUGCUUAUUUUUUUUUACCACAGUACGCAAAUUACAAGGAAUGGCAAUACAGUAAUCGGAAAGUUUUCUGUUAUAUAACACUAGUCCAAAUUAUACAAUGUUACUUGGCCGUUUGUGCCCUUGCGAUGGACCUUUAUGUCUUGCAUAUCAACAAAAGCCAAAGGGGAUAUUAAACAUGUCUAGUGAUUCUGAUGGAAGGACCACUUCUGGAAAAAAGCACAAGAAAAUGGAAUUCAAGAAUAAAGCUGCACAGGAGAUGCUUGAGCAUGAAGAUGACAAUGUAGACUAUAGCCCGAGUGGCCUGAUACAAUCAAAGAAAAAGCUGAAGAAGCACAAGCAUGCUUUGGAAGAGCAUGUAGAAGAAAGUCUAUUUCAUGAUGAAAUGCAAGAGAACCUGCAAAAGGUUGAAACAUGUCUGGACUACGAUGGAGCUGAGGAGUGUGACCCAUCUAAUAAGUUGUCUAGAAGUAAGAAAAGAAAGAAGCUGAAAGGUGCUGAGUCUGAGGAAUGCUCCAGUACUGACAAACCUUUGUAUGGUACCCAAGACGAAACAUGGAGGACUUUUACACUGCAUACCCCAAUCCAGAAGAAGAAGAAGAACAUGAGUCCAGAUGUGCUGCAAAAAGAGGCAGAUAAUCAUCUUACGACUCCGUUAUCACACAAGAAAAAAAAGUCCUUGCAGAAACUGGCAGAAGAGAGCUCGCUCACAGAUGAGACAUCCAGAAAGAAACUGAAGUCAAGGGCACAGGAUUUGGCUUUGGAUGUCACUUAUGACACACGUUUGGGUCCAGCCUUCAUAAUAGAGAAAGAUGAAAGUUGCUCUGUAAGUAGAUUUAAAGAGAAAAAGAAACAAAAAGCUUCCAAUGAGCUCUCUCUUAGUUUUUUGGAGGAGAAGGAGGCGGAUGGCCCCUCAUUUCUCGAACAAGUGUCAAAAAAAAAGAAAACAAGCCAUGAAAGCUCGGAGUCGCAGCCAGAGAAUGAGGAACCUCCAACGGCAGGUGGUUUGUGUAACUCUGAAAAUGAGGAUACUGUUACGGUAAAAAAAAACACAAACAAGAGCCAAAUGGCCACAAUUUAUACAUCAAAAUGGAAAUUUAUUGCACAGUCAUCUGAUGAAGAUACUUGGGAUUCUGAAAUGGAUGAUUGCAGUCCAGCUUCCUUGGAUAAGACAGGCAGAAAAGCAGAGCUUUAUCAAAGCCGAAAUCUAGUAAGGGAUACUAGCAUGGAAGAAGCCUGUGAGAUCGCCUCUGCUCAGAGAGAACAAAAUCAAAGUCCUGUCCUGGACAAAACCAAAAAGAAGCAAGAUGCAGCAGGUUUGAACUCUGUGGCGACCCCUCAUAAGUCUCUUACUCCAGUCCCAUCAGAAAUCAACUCCGCAGAAACUAACAGGAAUAAGAAAAGACUGACCUUUGAACUAAACGGAUCCAAGGUGGAAUUUCAGCCAUCUUCACAUGGAUCCAUAAAAAAGAGCAGGUCCCAAAAAAAUGUUUCAGGAGGACAUGUGACUGAGAACUCUGAGGUUUUAAAGUCAACUCAAAAUGGCAAGAAUCUAACACCAAGGAACGCCAAGAAGACAAAAGUGAAACAGACAUCAGCAGUAGAAACUGAAAGCCAGGGUGAGUUUUGCAUGUCUGAUGAUUCAUGGAACUCAUCCUCAUUCACUUCCGACCACUUUACUCAGAUCCAGGCUGAAAACUCAAAAAAUGAAGUACAAAUGCCUGAAGGCCACCCUGGUCAUUCUGCUAGCAUGCGUCUUAUACAGGCCUUAAAGGCUUCUACUCCUAAGAGGUCAAAAACAUCCAGGACUUGCCACAGCAAGCAGCGUCAGCAGCAAAUUGUGGAUACCGAUAAUCAAAAUCAUGAAGAACCCAUGUGUGGUGAUGCAGCAGAUUCCUCUCCAUUAGCAGGGCCCGUCGUAAACAACAAGAAAAAGAGACGUACAAAGAGCAAAGAUGAUGAAGAUUCCUCUGGGACUGUGAAGUGCCAGUCGAGGCCACAAAGUAUUCCAGCAUGCAGAGAAAAUGAGGAACCAUCUGAUGAAGACAUGAGCUUGGAUGAUGUUACAAGACAGUUAGAGCAAUUUGUCCCCAAUGUGCAUAAGCUGUCCACAGGUGUUAUACAUCGAAUGGCAAAAAAUGAUCUGGCAAGGUUUAAGCAAUUUCACGAAAAAGGUAUUUCUAUAAGAUCUGGAAAAUUUUCCAAAGAAGAAAAUGAAAGGCUGCAAGCAAAUGUCAAUGAAUUCAUGAAGACUACUGGCAUCUCUGAUGCUGAGAAACUUUUCUACCCUUUACGCUACCCAGAAGAAUUUACAGAUAUAAGGAAAUUAAAAAAAGAGCACAAAUUUAUUGUGUGUAUAGGGGAAGGAAUUCCACGACCAUCACAAGUUAUUUAUGACCGUGGGAGAAAAAUGUUUGACAGUCUGAGCUACAAGGGCAAGUUCACUAAACAGGAGACUGACGAUUUGGUGAGAUAUCAUAAUCUUCAUGGAAACAACUGGUCCAAAAUAGCUCCCCUUAUUGGCCGCAGUGAGCAUUCUUUGAAUCGGAAGUGGUCAAGGAUUAAAAAACACAGCUCUGGUCAAUGGAGUUAUUCAGAGAGGAAGUGUCUGAUAAAGGCUGUUAAGAGCCAACUAACAAAUAAACUGAAUGAAAGUAGUGUGGAAGACAAAGGGCAAGAGCAGGUGGCUUCUUUAAAACUAAACAAACUGAACAGUAUAACCCGGGAAGACCUGUAUCGUAAUAUUUCAUGGGAAACGGUGGCUAGUACGGUGAAGACUCGAACAUCCCUCCAGUGUAGAAACAAGUGGUUGUGCCUAUUACGAUUUAAAAUGACCAGGGACAGAGAUGUAUGUUAUGGGAUCAAAGGCAUCCAGGCCAGAAUAAACAUCAUUCAAAUAUUGUAUGAAAAGAAUUUGAAAGAUCACUCUGAAAUUAACUGGGAGGAACUUGCAGAUGUGAUUGGAGAUGUGCCCCCUUCGUAUGUACAAAACAAAUUUAGCCGCCUGAAGACCACUAAAGUUCCAGACUAUUCAAAGAAGACUUUUCCUGAGGUUAUCAACCACCUUUAUGCUCAUACCCUUCCAUACCUGGAGAACAAACUGCAGAAACUGGAGAAUCGUUAUGGUCCAAGGCACCAAGAGCAGCACAAGAGAACGCUUAGCUACACGCUGUGUGAAAUUUUUCAGAAUAGCGACGAUGAAGACAGUGAAGUUCAAGAGGAGCCAUAAUAUUUU